AUGCCGGCAACCGGAUCAAAGAAAAGUGCAUUUAGUGUGUCGAACAACAUCGCAGUAAACAAAUUGUUUGUGCUAAACUAUAUAGCAAACUAAAAACAGCCACGUCGCCAAAACACGACAAUUUUAGUCGCGGUUAAAUCUCGAUUUGCUGACUUUCGUGGGGGGGGUGGAGGACGAGUUAGACGAUUUAGCAACAGGUUUAGGUAUAUUAUUCGAAAAUAGCAACAUAGCUGAUACACACGUUUGUUUUUCGAAACAGUAUUAUAUUUCGAAUGGAAUAAUAUUUGUAUAUACUAAGCAGUCACACGUAGAAAAAUGCGUACGGUCUGUUCAUUAGGUAUUUGUUGUUCGCUUGUUAGGUAUUUGUCGUAUCCUGCAAUUGAGAACUAUUGUUAUAAUAUUUUAUUAUAAUAAACGCAUCCGUUAAAAAGCGAGGCGUUUUCAAUUUAUUUUUAACCUUGUACCCACGUCGAGUUGUUUAAGAAAACCGAGCCGUUCGCAACAAUAUUACGGCACAAUAUUACAUAUUUUAUUAUAAUUGUGUUUUGACCUCAAAAAUGAAUAUUAGAAAAAUAUAAUACCCAAAUAACGUUUGUAUCUGAUACGCGUACGUGUAUAGCGGUUGGGCUACGAUGCUAUACAAAGUAUCACACGAAGAUAUUACCCAUUGCGAUCUCAUUUUUCGGAAUUUUUUUUUUGUACAAUUUAAGCAACAGGUAGCUCUAAAAUGCUCUAAUGUGUUACAUUACCGUUAUUUUUGGUCGCCUUUAUUUUAGAGAGAGAAUAGUGGAGCAUAAUUUGACGACACGGCGUGAGUACACCGCAUCACUCGCAUAAGUCCUCUAAACUUAAAAGUCUAGUAUCUUGUUAGAAUUUGGCAGAAUUGGCAGAAAUUGAAAAUGUUCACUGUAAAACUCCGUAUAUUUAUGCAAUUAUAGGUUUUUGUUUGGAAACUAAAAGUAGGUGGGUGUUCCCCCUUCCUCGAAAAUAAGCAUGACAGAAAAUAACGUGAGUAUGCAAUUGUAUAACCGCUUGUUUCUUAAAUUGAUAAAAAAAAAAAAAAAACAACCCGAAAAAAGAAAAUAUUUUCCAAGAUACGACAAUAUGAUAGAUACAUCUCCGCGGGAUACCCUGUACGGGACAUAUGCUUUUAAUCGAACAAAGAAAUAAUACGAACAACGCCGUCGCCGUCUGCGACGUGCUUCGAUGGGAGAGUCACAAAAUACGAGUUUCGACUGCAGUCUCCGACGUUAUCGAGGGUGGAGGAGGGGCCGAAUUGUGUGUAUUGGCACAGGGCAGGGAUGGCGGGGAAUGUACGGUCGUACUGGGGGGAUGAUUCGACGGGGUGCCGACUGCGAUACGACGGCGGCGGCGGCGGUGGCGGCGGCAACGGCGGUGGCGGCUGCAGCGGCGAUGGCGGCGGCAACGGCGGUGGCGGCGGCAGCGGCGGUGGCGGCGGCAGCGGCGGUGGCGGCGGCUGUACACGCAUCAACGUGCAUCAUUGCCGCAUACCGACGCAGUUGACGCGCCGCCGCCGUUCUCCUCCUCUGCCGUUCUCCUACUCCGCCGCCAUUGUUGCCGUCGCCGCCUUUAUAUAGCGUGUACAGCGCGUCCGUCGUUCAGUACUGUCAAAACCGUCUCUCGCAAAUAUUCACUAUUUGCGGAGACCCUUUUGUUCAGUACAUUUUUUUUUUCUUUUGUUGAGGCACUUCUUGGCGUUUUCCUCCAUGUCUACGCGUCUAUAUACCGGCAGCUGCAGCGGUGAGUAUUAGUUGUAGGUUUUAUUACGAAUAUUAUAAUUAUUUUUAUAUAGGGAAAUUUGUUUUUUUUCUCUAAGAAGGUAUUUUUGUAAAUACAUAUAUAGGUACAUAGGUCGAAGUAUUAUUUGAAUUUAUUUACUACGUGCUGUUAAAACGUUUUUAUUAGUAAUUGUUCAAAUUAAAACAAUAAAAUAACGUAACGCGAGUUUUACCGUUAAAUUUUUAGAACAAUAAACAGCGAGUGUCGGAGCACCUUGACACGGUGACUUAAACAACUAUGUAUACAUAGUAUAUUAUAAUUUAAAUUUAUUUUGAACCAAUCGAAAUUGUUACAUGUUAAUGAUACUAUUUAAAUCGUAAACUAUUAUUACGCUUACGAAUUAUUAAGUACAAUUAAAUAAUAUUCAGUACAAUACAUUCUGGUUAUUAAUUAUUCGAGUAUAGGAAUCGUUUAUAGUUAGCCUAACCUUAAUUUCUAUCAUUUUUAAAUUGUUUUCGGCCAUUUGAUAAUAAAACGAAUCACUUUUAACACAUUUUAUAUAAAAUUCGAAUAUGAGUAUUCAGCAUCUUUUAAAAUGAUUUUGAAAAAUACUUCUUAAAUAUAUUUGUUUUUUUUUUGAGGUACCUACCAACCUAUUUAAAAUAUCGUUAUCAUAAUAUUUUAAAUAUAGAAUAUUAUUAUUAUUAAGACUUUGUAUGUAUGUAUACAGAUUAUAAUAGAAGGUAAAAAUAUACACAGACAGAAAUUAAAUUUUAAAAAAGACAUCCUAGGAUAAUGAGAAUGGGUGCAGCUUCUGUUAAAAGUAAUUUAAUGUAUACCUGUAAGCAACGAUAAAUCUUUGCUUAUAUGUAUAUGUUAUAUUAGAGUAAAAUAAUUAAAUAGGCUUUCUAUAUUUUCUUUAAUAAUAUUUAUUUAACGGUGUACCGAUUUUCCUAGUUUUCCUAUGUUUUUCUCGGUUUUCCCAUGUUUUAUCCCGAUUUUUGACAUUUGAUAAGAAAACGCCUGUGAAAAUCGAAAAUUAAGGUACUUCGCCACACUGAUUUACUUUCAGAAAAAGUGCUACACUUAAAAAUCGGAGCAAAUCUUCUGUUAGAAAAGUUCCGCAGAGAUAAAAAAAAAAUAAAAGAAUAUACAUCUUUGUAAAACCAUAAGCUUCUUCGCUCUAAUAAAAAUCUAAAAAGACAGUAAAAAUUCGAAAUAUUUGUAUCACAAGAUCCGUAAUCUCGCUUCCUAAAAGUGAAACCUUUUUUGGAAACUGCAUUGGCAUAGGUAAACAUUUUGAAAUUUAUUGCAAUUUCCCUUGAUUUUUACAUUUGUUAAAUUUUACAUGAUUUUUACUUUAGUAAACAGUUAAAUUUUUUAAUUUGUAGCGUCCACUGUACAUAUUAUAUACAUAUAGGGCCUGCUUAUUACGUGUAAAAUAUGAUAUUAUGGAAAGCUCUUAAAAAUAAACUAUAGCAGAAAUAAUUAUGAAAAGAUUAUAUGCUGAUUUAUCUUCUUUUUUUUUUUUUUUAUUGAAUUCAUUAACAUCAGCCUAUCGUGUACGUAGAGAGAGAGUGAGAGAGAGUGAGAGAGUGCGUGAGAGAGGAAGACGAAAAGGACACGGUAUAUUUCUUAAUUUUUGAUUUUCUCUGCAGUAGACCGAGAAAACUACGCUUGUUUUAUAGGUGUAUAAUGGUGUGUGUGUAGUGGGAGAGUGUGUUUGUGUGUGGAUGUAUGGCGUAGUUGUUCUGGGGGAGGGAAUAAAUAAUUUUUUAGGUGAACGGUGUGUGAGUCCUCUCUCACUAUACAGAUUUAAUUUUUAUUCUCCGAUAAAUUAAAAAAAAAAACCGAGUAAAUGGGUAUUAUGAUAUUUCAUCGUAUAUACCUACGAUAUUUUAGAAAUAUUACACAAUAGGGUUGACGAUAUUUAAAAUGGAUAUUGGUAUUGCGGUAUCCAUUUCAAUAUCGGUUGCAUGCUACGGUAUAUCGUGGUAUUAUACGAUAUUAUGAUAUUAUAUGGUGUCACGGUACUACGGUAUAUACCGCAUUCAAUCGGUAAUUCAGCAAUUACCAGUAUACCGAAUAAACUGUCGAAUAUACUGUCGAAUAUGCUGUUAAAAUAUAUUAUGGCCUUCUUUUUUCCCGAUAACAUCUUUUUACCAGCAAUUUUGCUCCAAUUGAUAAUGCGAGCAAUGUUUCUCAAAGGAAAUCCGACUAGGGGGGUAGGUACUUUAGAUAGGUGAUUUUUCGAUUUUUCCAAGAGUUUUCCAGGCAAAUAUAAAAAACAGGGAAAAACCUAGGAAAACUGAGAAAAUGGAUACAACAUUAAACAAAUUCUAUUAAAGAAAAUAUAGAGACCCUUUUUAAUUAUUUUACUAUAAUACGACAUAUAUGUAUAUAUAUAUGAUAUAUAUAUAUAUAUGUAUAUUGUUGACAAAGCAUCACUAUAAACUGAACUCCACUCAGAAUCGGUUUUUCGUUAUCAAUGUUUUAUCGUUGCUUACAGUUGUAAUGUUUCGACUACAGUAAGUUUUUGGAAAAAUCUCUCAUAGACACACACACACACACACACACACACAAACAAAAAUUUGAUAGUGGGGACGGAUGCAACCACUGUUUUAGGUGGAUUGUGAGAAAGGCGGGAUACAUAAAAAUAUUUAAUUUAUAACGUUAACAAACGAUAAACCAUUGAUAACAAAAAUGAUUUGGAGCGAAGUUCGGUUACACAUAUUUUUAAAAAGCGUAAUAUACGAUUUUUACCUGUUCUAUUGGUUCCAAAUAAUUUUAGACAAAUGAUUAUGUUUUUUUUUUUCAGUUCGUUAAAAUCUCUAAUCAUGUCUCAAAAGAUUGGAAGAUAUAUUAAUCAUGUUGCAACUCAUUUAGAUGAUACUUCGCAGUAUCAAGGCUUGAUAUUGAAAAAUGGUCUUACUGUUUUAUUAAUCAGUAAUCCUAAUGUUGAGGUUUCAUCUGCAUCUCUUAUAGUUUCAGUCGGUAUGUUAAAAAUAAUCUAUCAUUUUAAUUUGCAAUAAUUUAAAUUAUUGACAAUAAUAUAUUUUAUUAGAAAUUAACAUGUUAUAUUUUAUUUCGUAUACAUUUAUUUAUUUUAAUUACAAUUUGUGUAUUUGUUCAUAAAAUUAGGUAGUGCUUGUGAUCCAAUUGAUUUACCAGGGUUGGCCCAUUUAUGUGAACAUAUGUUAUUUUGUCGAACGAAAUCAUACUCAAAAAAAGAUGAUUUCAAAAAUCAUCUUAUCAACAACUCUGGAUAUUUCACAUCCCAAACAUCUUUUGAUCAAACACAGUUUUAUUGUCGUAUUCAAAAUGGCAAUCUUCAAUCAUUACUAGAUAGGUAAGGAUAAAUAAUUUUUUUUUUUUUUUUAAAUAGGUAAUUUGUAUUAAAAUAAAUAUUUACAUUCUGAAAUUUAUGUUACAGAUUUGCUCGAAUGUUCUUUGAACCAUCUUUUGAUGAAACUAUUGAUCUUCCGAGAGGCGUUAACACUGUUCAUGCCAAAUAUAUAAAAAAUUUUACUAGUGACGAAAGUCGAGUAGAACAGGUAAUGAAAUGUACCAUUGCCGAAGAUCAUCUCUUUAGUCGUUUUGAAACAGGUAUUUCAAAAUUUAAUCAUUUAAUUGUAAUUUGAUAAUUUUUUUUUUCUCUUUAGCAGUUAUAAAUGAUGAUAUUUAUAUGUUUAUUUAUACAUUUUUGUGUUUAGGUUCAAAAGAUACACUUGCCUCUAAUCCAAAUCUUCAUGAUAAAUUGAAAGAGUUUUUUUCCACCUGGUAUUCUUCACAUUUAAUGAACUUGGUUGUAGUUGGAAUAGGUAAAUAUACUAACAUAAUAAACUUAACAUAUUAAUGUUUUUAUUAUUAAUUAUUAAUUAUUUCAUAUUUAAAUUUUUUUUUUAGAGGACUUAGAAAUAUUGACUGAUUGGGUUACAUCUGUAUUUGGACAAAUUGAAAAAAAAAAUGUAAACAUGCCAAUUUGGAGUAACCCUAUUUAUAAAGAAGAACAUUUAUCAAUUAAGACUGUUAUUGUUCCAAUUAUCAACUUAAAAUUGUUAUCUGUUGAUUUUCCAAUUCCAGAUCAGAAACAAUAUUAUAAAAGCAUGGUAAUGAUACUAUAAAUGAAACAAACAAUUUUAAAUUUUAUUAAAUAAUAUAUAUUUUAUAUAUUUAAUAGCCUACUAAGUAUUUGUCAACUUUAUUUACUGAUGAAGGACCUGGGAGUCUUAUUACUAUUUUAAAAAAUAAAGGAUGGAUUAUUAAAAUGUCAGCCAAAAGUAGAAGUAAAGCUAAGGACAUUGAGAUGUUUAAUAUUAUGUUCAAUUUGACAAAAAAUGGACAUGAUCAUAUUGAUGAAAUUAUUGAGUUUCUAUUUCAAGUACAGUAUUAUUUUUAAAUUUCAGUAUCAAUUCAAAUUUUAUUUUAUACAUUUUAUAAAUUUAUUUUUUUAUGGUUUAGUAUGUGAAUAUGUUAAAACAUGAAGGGCCUCAAGAAUGGCUUCACGGUGAAAUUAACUUAAGUGAAGGAAUGCAAUUCCGAUUCCAAGAGAGAGAGUUUUCAGCUCAAUAUAUGUACUGGUUAUGUUCCCAGUUGAGGGUAGGUUAUAUAUUUUUAAAUUAAUAAAAAUAAUUUCUUUUUAUUAUUUUCUAUAUUUUUUAGUAUUACAAUGUGGAAGAGGUUUUAACAGCUGGAAAUCUACUUGAUGAAUGGAAACCAGAUCUAAUACGAAAUAUGUUGUCCUAUUUCAGACCAGAUAAUAUAAGGUACACAUAAGAAUAGUUGUAGAAAUGUCAAAUAAUAAAUAAUACGUAUUUAUUUUCAAUUUUUAUAAGAAGUUUCAAAUAUUGAUUUUAACACAAAGUAUUCUGAGCAAAAUGUUCUUAUUUCUUUAUUGAUUUUAGUUAUACAUGUCAAAAGAAACAAAUGGAACAAUAAUACAGUAAUUCCUCAUUAUUUUGUUUACCUGUGGUUAACUUGGAAAUACUCAUAAAUUAAUAACUCAUACAUUUUAUAACUAUAUUUUUUUUUUUAUUCCAAAGUUUUGUACAGUGUUGAGUGUUUUUAGAAUAUUUUGGUUAGCGAGGCUGUAAAUGAUAGAUCUGUAGUCUAAUUUAAAUUGUAUCAAGGAGUUAUGGAGAACUCGGUUAUGUCCUUUUAUGCUGUUGAUCUUGAACCACAUAAUGCUGGAGGUUGUUUUAUAGUUAAUGUUGGAUAUGAAACUAUUCCAUGAUUAGAUUUUAAUAAUUUUAAUUGUUUGUCAUGAGAUUGCUCUGCGUUCUUCAAGUUCUAUAUGAUCUGAUUGUAGUUUGGUUUUUCUGAAGUGAUUUAGUACUUUUUUUUUGUAGUUUUUUACCACUGAUUCACAAUUUUUAUUCCACCAGGAGACUUAUUAUUUUUGAAAGGAAGGUUGGCUAUUGUGUAUUCAGUGGCUUCAGUGAUAUAUACUCUAAAGUAUGUUUGUCGUAGUUCAAUGGUUAAUAGUAUACAUACCUAUUUGUUUUCAUCCUAGGGUUCGUGUAUUCGAAUCCAUGUUUCAAAAAAAAAAUUGUUUGCAUGAAAAAAUGCAAAAAAUGGAAAAACCCUUUUACCUAAACAAGGAAAAAACAAAUUUUAGGUGUACCUUUAUUUAUUGACCUAUAGUCAAGACCUUAGUCAUUUCUCUCUCUCGGGCUAUUUUAAUUGCAAAAUAUCCCUCGAUUUGGUGUGCAAACUUUUCUACCAAAAAUCUUGCUCCGAUGUAUCAAGUGUAGAUUAUUUUCUAAAAGAAAAUUUUAUCUCCACGGUAACUUGAGGAGGUAAUUUUUUGACUUUCCCAGGAGUUUUCCAAAUAAAUGAGAGAAAUCAUGAAAAUGUACAAAAACACUUAGUAAAUGUUGGAUAUCAUUUUGAUAUCCACGGUUUUGUUAUCCUUGCAACUUUCCUAGUACAUGUAGGUAUUUAUUAUUAUGAUUUUUGUAAAUUUUGUAUAAGAUUUAACAUUGAGAACAGGGCUGAUUAAUUAAUCUUCCACAAAGCAAAAUAUAAUGUUAUGUAUAAUUAAAUAUUAUUAAAUCAUUCAUAUUCAUAUUAUUGUAUUAUAGUAAUAAAAAAAAAAAUAAUAAUAGGUGUGAUUAUUUGAAAUACAUUUGUUUUAAAUGUAUUAUGAUAAAGUUAUAAAAUAUUGUAAUAUUACUAUUGCAGGAUUAUGGUUAUUUCCAGAAGAGUUCAAAAUGAAGCUGAUACUAUAGAAAAAUAUUAUGGAACAAGAUAUUCAGUUACUAAAAUACCACGGGAUAUUUUAAAUGUAUUACAUUUUUAAGUUUUUUUUUUUAAUGCUACACAUAGAGAUUUAUAUAAAAAUAUUUAGAUAUUUAUUUUUAUAAUUUUGAAUUUUUAGAAGUGGGAAAAUAUUGGUUUAUAUGAACAUUUCAAAUUGCCAUCUAAGAAUAAUUUUCUUACUAGAGAUUUUGAUUUAGUUCCAGAUAAUUCCAUGGUAAAAGCAUAAUUAAAAUGUAUUUUAAAAUAUUAAUAUAUUUUUUCUCUCCCCUAUAGAAAUCAGAUCAUCCCUAUAUCAUUGAUGAAUCUAAUCUUAUAAGAUGUUGGUUUAAACCAGAUACAGAAUUCAAAUGUCCUAAAGCAAGUAUUGUAAUAGAAUUUUCCAGGUAAUGAACCUCAAAUACAAAUAAGUACAAUAAUUAUAAUAAUAUUCUAUAGUCUAUGCAUACAUAAUAUGUAUUAAUAUAUUGAUAUAUAUUAAUAUAAUAAAAUAUAUUAAUAUAUUUUCUAUUAUAAUUGUUUUUAACAAUUUUUCAAUAUAAUUAUUCUUUUUAUAAUUAUAUAUUAUGAUGUAUAUUGUAGACUAUAGGUACCAUUGAAAUUGUUUUUUUUUUUUUUUAUAAAGCCUUUAUAUUUUUGUUAUGUUGUUUACAUGUUGUUAUAUUUUAUCCUUGUACUAAUGUCAGUUUAAAAUAACAACUACAAUUUAUAUAAUAACUGCAAAAAUUUAUUUUAAAAUCAAAACUGCUUCGCCUUAUAUCCCUAUUUAUAUUGAAUAUUUAUAUCUAACCUAUAUUAGAUUAUUCUAAUAUAAAUUUUUUUUUUAUGCAGCCCAAUUGUAUUGAAUGAUCCAUUCCAUGCUAAUAUCAUGCCGUUUGUUGUGAGUGUAAUGAAUAAUAAUAUAGCUGAAACUAAAUGCUGUGCAGCAAGAGCUGGUAUUGAAGUACUCAUUAUACCAAAAGAUACUGGUUUUAUGGUAAUAUUAAAUUAUAGAUAAAAUAAUUGUUUAAUACAUUUCAUGAAAUAAAUUUAUUGAUUUUCAGAUCAAAUUGUUUGGGUAUAGUGGCAAGAUAGAUGUUUUACUACAAGAAAUAAUUGAUAAACUUUUCAAUUUCAAGAUUGAUCAUUUACUGUUUGAAUUUCUUAAAGAAGUAAUACUUAUAACCAUUUUAAAAUUUAUUUUAGUUAAUUAUAAAAUUCAUAUAACUAUAGGAAUUUGAGGAAAAUAAUAAAUUGGAACCACAUUGUCAAAAAGUGGUAAAGCACAGUCUUGAAAUCUUAUCAGAAGCAGCCCAAAACUCAACAGCAUUUUUAAGUUCCAUUAAGGGUAAAUAUUCAUACAUAUUUUUGAAAUUGAAUUAUUUUUUAAUUUAUUUCUAUAAAUUAAAUAUUUAGUUUUAAAAGUGGAACAAAUUGAAGAAUUUAUGAACAAAUUCCUAGCUCAUGGAAUUUUUAUGGAAUUGUUAGUUUUUGGUAACAUUAAUGAAGAAGUAAGAAUUAUAUACUAUAAUAAUUAGUUAAAGGUAUAAAUGUUAUAUUAUUUGGUUUUACUUUAGAAGGCAUUAAGAAUUAGUCAAAUAUUGAAAAAACCAUUUUCAGUUCAUGGUCAAAGAAAUGAACAAGGGUCAUCUCAAAUAGAUAAACCCAGGGAUGUAGUACUUAGAACUGGUUAGUAAAAUCGAUACUUAUAUUUUUAAUUUUAAAACAGGGUUAAAUAGCUAUGCCCCAAUAUGAUAUUUAUGAUUAAAAAAAAAGUUUAUUACAGUUAUUGUAUAUAGUUUGCUAUAACUUCAUUGUCUAAAAUAUAAACUAUAGAAUACAUUUAAUAACCCUAAAGUAGUUUUAUAGUACUGAUGUCUAGAAAUAUUUAAUAAAAUAAAAAUAAUUAAUAUAAUAACAACAUUAUGUUGAUUUCUUCUUACUGUGAUACCCUAAUACUAGUUAACUAAGAAUACCCCUCAACUACAACCUAAAAAAGACAGACAUACUUCGCACAUAGAUAGGCCACAAUUAUAGGGGAGAAGUUGAGAAAGUAGAGGGAAAAUUUAAUGUAUAUCUGUAUGCAAUGAUUAACUAUUGCUAAGAAAAAAGGAGUUCGGUUAAUAGUGUUGCUUUUUCAACAAUAUAUGUCAUAUUAUAUAUUUUCUUAAAUAAUAUUUGUUUAAUAUUGUACCUAUUUUCCCAUUUUUCCUAUACCCCGCCCCUGUUUGCCCAUUUUUUUCUCCGUUUUUCCAGUUAUUGGUAAAAAUUCUGGGAAAAUCGAAAAAUGACCUCUCUAAAAUACCAUCGCAGUCAGAUUUCCUUUCAGAAAAAAAUAAUAUCAUUGUAAAUCAAAAUUGGUAGAAAAGUUGUCUACAGAAAAAAAAUAAUAAUCAUCAUUAACAAUCUAAAAAAAACCUAAUUAAUACAUAACCAAACCUAUUAAAAAUGACUUCUUUUAUGUUCAAGAAAUCUGCAUUGGUUUAUGUGUAUUAAACGAAUAGACUAUUGAUUUUUUUUUUUCAGUUUUCUUGUCCAUUUUUCUUAGCCUUUUUAGAAUUACCCUAUGCUCUUUUACAAAACAUUUAAUUUGUUUGAAUCUAUUAAACUAUUUUAAGUAUAAUUUUUUUUUAGGUACUUUAUGAUGUACUUGUUUUAAAUUUCAAUGAAUACAUUUUCCCAAUUGCUCACAAGCAUUAGUUCCGUCUUUUCAAAAUUUUGUUUUAAUACAAUUUGAGUUUUAUGUUUUAGAUGAACAUGUAGUGUUUGAAACAACAGGAUACCAUCCCAAAAAAUCAUGUGUUUUUGUUAAUUUUCAAUGUGGAACGCAGUCUCCAUUUAAAAAUAUGGUAUUUUUGCUGUUUAGCAAAAUCAUGAAUGAUGUAUUUUAUAGACAAGCAUACAAAAUGGUAAAAUAGAUUUAAUCAUUUUAAAUAGUAUAAAACUAUACAGGACAUAUAUAUAUAUAUAAUUAUUACUUUAUGUAUUACUAGCGAAAUCAAAAUCUAUUAAAAAUUGUACCAUCAACAGAAAAAGGAUUACUAUAUUUGGGUAUUAUUGAUCAAACUUACCAAGACUCAAGGUCUAGUGAUUUAAAAAUCGAACAUUAUAUUGACAGCAUUAAGGUUAGUUCAUUUGAAUAAAUUAUUACAUUUUAGAUAUUAUUUUACAAUUUUGUCAUUUUAGGAGGCUUUAGAUAACAUGACUGAUAGGCAAUUUGAUGAAUAUAAAAAAAGUUUGUGCAAUAAUAUAUUAAAGAAGCCAACAACAAUGAGAAAAAAAGCAGAUAUGUAUGAACAUGAUAUUUUUGUAGAAAACUAUAAUUUCAACAGAGUACAAAGUGAAAUAGACAACCUAAUGUCUAUUACUCUUGAAGAUAUUGCUGAGUUUUAUAAUGUAAGAUAUCUUGAAAAUAUAUUUAAACUAAGUAAUAAUAUAUAUUUAAUUAUUUUUAUAGAACAAUAUCAGCCGACGUGGGAGAAAAAGACGCAAGUUGACUGUACAUGUUAAACCUACUCUAAACAACGAAAUAAGUGGAAACAACGAAAUAAGUGGAAACAGCUCACAAGUAAAUAGUAGUUUAUUCACAUACUUAUUUAUUGUUAUUACAAAUGUUCAUUGAUAUACAUAUAUUUUAGGAAUUAAUAUUACAUUAUAAUAUAAUUGAUAUUUUAUUUCUCUAGAAUUCAGUAGUUACAAACUUAACAAACUUUAAGCAGAUGAGAACCCAUCUGUACCAACUGCCAAGCCAAUCCAUACCUCCAGAAUACUAUUCUAAAAAUAAUUAA